AUGUUGUCCUUUAAGAUGUAUGUGAUUAAUCUGCUUCUUCUGCUGCUUCUAACUGGCCAAUUGCUCACGGAUUCAGCAUUGAGAACUUCAAAAAUUGACUUUAUUAACAAUAUCAUUGCGAAAGUUCAGAACGAGAGGCCCGUGGAGACGCUGUUGUUCAUGAAACGUCGAAAGGACAUCAACUGCCUCUUGCAAGAGAUCAGUCCAGUUGGCCUAGCUACUCUACGCUUAGAUGAAAGGACCGUCGUCAAUGUAAAAAGGCUCUUCAACAGCGAGGCCCUCGCUCUGGCUUGCAUGUCCAAGCUCUCCGACUCCCAGCUGCUCACGACAGUGGCCCAGAAUCUCGACAGAAUGAGAGAGGCGCGUAUUGUAAUCUUGUCGCAAAUUACACCAUCCAAUCUUGAGGAGUUUCUACGCAUCGUCAGUGAGCAAGCGAAUGAAUAUAACUUGGUUAAUUUGAUUGUGCUGUACUCAACUUCGUACGAUGUCAAUGGAUCGAUUACUGCAUAUCGCCUACAGCCGUUUCCGAGUCCGAUUUUCGAAAGGGUUUUGGACAUAAAUGACGGUCCUAUAUUUCCCAAGGUCUGGUUGAAUUUUCAUGGAAGGACAGCAGUCAUCUUGCCUGAUCUAUUUCCACCUCGCAGCAUGUUGAUAACUAACCCACGCACUGGAGAGCAAAAGCUUUUAUUAAAUCUACGCGCUUUGGCUGGCGUUAUGGGACUCCCAAUGACCUUUAGGCGAUAUAGAACUAGUAUUUCACUGCAGCAGAUUAUAAUGGUUAUGAGCAUUUUCAGCUUAGUUCUCAGCAGUUAUUUCAAUGCCAAUCUGAGCACGCUGCUGACCAAGCAUCCUCAGUUUAAACAGAUACAAAACUUCGAGGAACUGCGGAGAAGUGGAUUAACUAUGUAUGUGAUUAAUCUGCUUCUUCUGCUGCUUUUAACUGGCCAAUUGCUCACGGAUCCAGCAUUGAGAACUUCAAAAAUUGACUUUAUUAACUAUAUCAUUGCGAAAGUUCAGAACGAGAGGCCCGUGGAGACGCUGUUGUUCAUGAAACGUCGAAAGGACAUCAACUGCCUCUUGCAAGAGAUCAGUCCAGUUGGCCUAGCUACUCUACGCUUAGAUGAAAGGACCGUCGUCAAUGUAAAAAGGCUCUUCAACAGCGAGGCCCUCGCUCUGGCUUGCAUGUCCGAGCUUGCCGACUCCCAGCUGCUCACGACCGUGGCCCAGAAUCUCGACAGAAUGAGAGAGGCGCGUAUUGUAAUCUUGUCGCAAAUUACACCAUCCAAUCUUGAUGAGUUUCUACGCAUCGUCAGUGAGCAAGCGAAUGAAUACAACUUGGUUAAUUUAAUUGUGCUGCACUCAACUUCGUACGAUUUCGAUGGAUCGAUUACUGCAUAUCGCCUACAGCCGUUUCCGAGUCCGAUUUUCGAGAGUGUUUUGGACAUAAAUGACGGUCCUAUAUUUCCCAAGGUCUGUGUUAAAUCUACGCGCUUUGGCUGGCGUUAUGGGACUCCCGAUGCCCUUCAGACGACAUAG